UUAGUUUUGUUCGUGUUAGGAAGAUUUCUCAAGAUUUAUCAGAACCAGUAAGAUAAAUACAUAGUGUAGACAAUGAAUAAUUGUCUCUAACUUGUGUAGUUCGUGCAAACCAUUUGUUGUAAUUCGAAAAAUGAAGCCUCUAAUAGAUUUCGAUGAAUGUCUCAGAGAUUCCCCAAAAUUUAGGGAACAGCUGGAAACCGAAGAGGCUAGUAUCGAGGCUUUAGAACAAAAGCUCGAUAAAGUUCUAAAGAAUUGUUCUGUUAUGAUCGAAACAGGCAAAACAUACAUGAGUCAGAGAAGCACAUUUACAAAUGCACUAUGGGACCUCACAAGCACCUUCUCAGAGGAUGCAACAGUCCAAGCAUCCCUCAACCGCAUGAUACAUGCCUUGCAAGAGAUGACCAAGUUCCAUUCAAUAUUGUUGGAUCAGGCAUCGCGAACCAUACUCAAGAAUCUUACAGCUUUCAUCAAAGUUGAUAUAAAGGGAGUUAAGGAAAGUAAACAUCACUUCGAUAAAAUCUCAAAUGAUCUGGAUUUAGCUUUAAAUAGAAACUCACAGGUGUCUCGACAUAAACCAACUGAUGUGGAGGAAGUAGUGAAUCUCUUACUAGCAACUCGUUCCUGCUUUCGUCAUACGGCCUUAGAUCAUGUGCAGAAGAUUACUAUGUUGCAGGCUCGGAAGAGACACGAAAUACUGGCCACUUUCCUGUCGUAUUUGCAAGCGUGCUGCACCUACCAUCACCAGGGUGCCGAUCUGUCAGAAGACCUGGAACCAUUUCUUAAGUUGACAGCUGACGAGGUUGCAACAAUGCGUAACGAUACAAAAAUACUUGACAAGGAGAUGGAAAAUCGACACACGAUUGUUAAUAGCAAAGACACCGUUUUACCGAGUUGUAAAUCAGUUCCCACUGAACGAGAUAGUAAGGAUGGACUUUUGAGUACGCCGUCGUUGAAAAACUUGCCCAGAAUGCAGGGUUAUCUGUUCAAAAGGACAUCGAAUGCUUUCAAGACAUGGAAUCGACGAUGGUUCUAUUUGUACGAUAAUCGCCUCGUGUAUAGGAAACGAACAGGCGAACUUAACGUGACGGUGAUGGAGGAGGACCUGAGACUGUGCACGGUGAAGCCGGUGCUCGACGGCGAGAGGCGAUUCUGUUUCGAAGUCCUGUCGCCUUCCAAAAGCCACAUGCUCCAAGCGGACUCUGAAGAGAUGCUCACGUCGUGGAUCUCGGCGCUGCAGAACGGCAUCCGCUCCGCCAUCCAGCAGGGCCAGAGCCGCGACAACCCCGACUCGCAGAUGGUGCUGGUGCCAGACACGCGCACCACCGCGCCCGCCAUGAAGAAGAUCAGGAUAUGGGAACAAUUACUUAGUAUACCUGGUAAUAAUUACUGUUGCGACUGCGGCAGUCCGAACCCGCGCUGGGCCAGUAUUAAUCUCGGAAUAACUUUAUGUAUAGAAUGUUCAGGUAUCCACCGUUCACUCGGCGUGCAUGUUAGUAAAGUAAGAUCUCUCACUCUAGACGACUGGGAACCAGAUAUUAUUAAGGUUAUGGCAGAGCUAGGCAACAAAAUAGUCAAUUUAAUAUAUGAAGCUAAUACAGAAGGGACCACCAUCACUAGAGCCACCCCAGAUUGCGAAACUUCCGUCCGGGAAGCAUGGAUUCGAGCAAAAUACGUGAAGCUCGAAUUCGUAAAAAAUAUAGUGAACACAACAAUGUCAGACUCCAUACAAGAAUCACCUUUGAGAAAUGGCAGACGGUGGUCCGUUCGGAGAGCGAGGAGGAGAGUACGCGCUCCGCCUGUCGUGCCGGAGACUAUCCAAGACGAGAAAAGUGACGUCAACAGCAAUACCAGCGCGUCGGAGAGUUCGAGUAAGUCGGAUGGCAGCCCCGUUCUGCUCAUCGGCACGGAGCUGGCGGCUGAGCGAGCGCUGGACCUGGCGCUGCCCUCCGACCACGACUCCACGGAGGGCGAGGACGACGACAUCGGCGCGGAGGACAUGUCGGCGCUGUCGGCGGACGCCGUGCUGACGCGCGCGGCGCGGGCGCACAACGUGUGCGUGAUGCGCGCGGCGCUGGCGGCGGGCGCCGACGUGGCGCACGUGCACGCGCGCCUGCGCACGCCGCUGCACGCCGCCGUGCUCAGUGGUUCUGUGAUGGCGUGCUCGUUUCUACUACUCAAUGGAAGCAAACUUAACGCACAGGACGAAGAUGGCAUGACUCCCUUACAUCUCGCAACCGAAGCCGGUCAUACCGGACAGGUGUGCCUGCUGCUGCGGUACCGCGCCGACCAGUCGCUGGCGGACGCCGAGGGCCGCACGCCGCUCGACAUCGCCGUGGCGCACGCCAACGCCGACAUCGUCACGCUAUUGAGAUUAACAAAGCUGAAUGAAGAGAUGCGGGAAAGUGAGAUGUCGUCCAACGACGACACGUACAACGAAGUGUUCCGCGACUACACGCAGCUCGCGCACUCGCACCCCGAGCGACUCGUGCGCGCCAAGCACAACAACAACGACGGUGAACAGGUGAAUAGUGAAUGACGAAUAGAGAAGAAGUUGCGACGACUGCAUCUGUGGUGGCGAGCCGAUUGAACCGUCUGAUACAUACGAACGAUAAUGACCGAUUAUAAUCCGAAUGGCUUAUCGUUUACCAUUGUUUUAUAAUUUAAAAGUAAAAAUAAGCCAAUUCGCUACACUAUACAUAAAAUACAGGUGGUAUUAUGUUUGCAGUAUAUCGAUUGUUGUUAUAAAUUGUAAGUUAUAACGAUGUCAGAUAAUAAUCGAUUUUAUUUUAAUGAGAUGUGACACAAUAUGUGUGAAUGAAAACGUCAAUAACGAAUUACUUUAGUAUUUUAUGAUAGAUAUUAUAUAUAUAAAAAAACUGUAUUCGUUAAAAAAAAAUUCUCAUUAAUAUACUUGAAGUAUAUAUUAAAAUUUAUUAUUUUUGGUAUUAAAUUAUGGAAGUGAUCUCUUAAAGAAAUAAUUGAGGCUUAAAAAAAUAUCACGGAGAAAUUAUAGCUGCCAAAUUCCUAAUGUAAAGACUUAUUCACCAUAUCUUCCGGAAAAAUAUAUAUAAAUAACCUUAAUAUAAAUAUAUAUUUAUUGCCAUAUAAGUGGUUAUGUGAUGUGCUUUUAUAUAUUAAACCAAAGAUUUGUUUAUGUAUGGGUACAGGCUUAGCGGUGUAAGAUUGCUUCGGGGUCAGGGAACAGUUACUCAACUAUUAAAUAGAACGCUUGCCAAUACAGAAAAGAUUUAUAAAUAGCGGAGAGUACUGAUAUAACUAUGUAUAAAUAAAAUUAAAGUCAUUUAAAGGUUAUGUCGAAUUAAUAAAUUCUUCACCUAUAUUAACAAUGUAAUAAAUUUCUUUAUUCUCUUGAAAUCUUAUCAUACACCGAUGGGAACAUUGUGCGAGUGAGUGAGCGAGACGGCACGACAAAAGGCCGAUAUUUAUAAAUCUUUUCUUUAUUAUAAUAAAUGAAAAAAUGUGUGAAAAUCAGAUUGAGAUGUUAUUAAAAGUACAAUAAAUCGCGUUAAGUAUUCUCGUGAUAACGUCUAAAAAAGUAUUCUCGUCAAAUAAAACUUUGCUGUUGUGAACGGAUCCAUUUUAUCUUAUUUGAAAUCACGUGACAGUUUAUCAUGAUUUUAUUAAUUUUAUUUCAUUAUUUUUUAAUAAGAGUACUUAUUGUAGUUAUCUAAGAUUUUUUACUCUUCUAUAAUUUCAAUGGUACUAAUGCAUUCCAAGAUUCGCAAUUAUUUUUUAUUUACAAAAACGAUUAAAACCUCCUUUAUUUCGGUGACUUUUUUAAAUAUCUAAAAAUCAUGAUCCCAUUUCGCAAAUUUAAUUCAAUUGUAUUUACUAUAUAUGUAUACAUUCCUGUUUACGUCCGUAAGUCAAUCCUUAUUCCAUUCCAAUGUAUUUAACAACGAAAAGGAAGAAAAAUGUUGAAUCUCAUUUUUAGUAGCAAGUUUUUUUUUUUAAUAACUUUAUUGUAAAUAAAAUUAUUCGUCACAAUACUACGCUUGCCAAUUGUAAAACAAAAUAUGCCAAUUUGUAUUUUUAAAUAUCUAUUUUUUAAUUAUAAAUUGGAACCGGUAUGUACGCUUAGUUUUGGGUCAGUUAUAUAAUAAUUCCUGUAUAUAUAGUUUACCUAUACAUAUAGUUUAUUCAAAUUUUUUUACCAUUCACCAGCAUUCUUUUUUUAAAUAGAUUAUAGUAACUGACUAAAACUCACCAUUAACCGGUACUCGACGAAACUGUAUAAUAAAUGGAAUCAGAAAUGAAGAUUCCUUUCGAUGAAUUUACUAUUUAGAUGUUAACCAUAACAUUAUGUGAUGUUAGAUAUUUUGUUAUUAUGAAUUAUUGUAAUAUGUUCGUAUUUAAUGUCAUAAGAUUUUUUGAUUAUAUCAACAAUUACUUUAUGAAACAGUUAUUGAUUGAAUAUCAGAAAUGAUUUUGAUGUGAUUUGAUUUUAAAGCAAUUUAUAAUUGCAAAUCCUGUUAAACGGUACGGUUUUAAUUCGAUCUAAUACAUGUGAUUGGCCUAGCCGCGAAAUGACUCGUAGUUAUAUAAAAUAUAUAUACAAAGUGUCCCAUAAGAGAAGGCAGCUUUUACAGUGCAUAACGAAUUGAUUGAUGAAAUUAAAUAAUAUACAUAAUAUCUGUAUAUGCUAUUUGCGGUUAUGAAUGUUAUUUAAUAUGACUAUUUUUUUUUUAUUACAAUACCAAACUGUUAUAUCGAGCUCAAAUCCUAGCCGUACAUGAAAAACAAAGAUAAUGAGCGUUCAACGAUGUGUCUACUGGAUGAAAAUUGUCUGAUAUCAUGACCUUGUGAUACUGUGCUGUCAAUUGAAUACAACAGACAAGCGGGCAUAGCUAAAGUUGCUACUUUUGUGGGAUACGGAUGUCGUAGGAUUUGUUUGGAAAUAAACGUUAGACGUUGUAAACUUAUCAAAAUAUAAUCAACAAUUUUAAAUUCUAGUUUGAUAAAUUGAAAUAUAUCAAUGAAUAGAUAAAAAUAUUUUUUAUUUAAAUAGGCUUUUACAAGCAAUUUUAAAUAGUAAUUUGCAAGAUUAAUUAAAUCUGUUUAUGACUGGAUUAUCUAGUACGAAUAAAGUAAUACUUAAUUAUUUGUAUUUGACUUUGGUUUCAAAUAUAUUUUUCAUUUAAUAACGUAUUAUAAUAUUAUAUAUGCGUUGUUAAAUAUUUGCUUUUGUCGUACAAAUUGAUCGGAAGGUCGAUAUUAUAUAACUAAACGAUCUACAUUAACGUUGAAAACUGAGUUUGAUAACCGGUCAUUAAUAUAACCUUCCAUCUGAUCUGAAUAUAAUAUAAAGAUAUACAACAUGGUACCAUUUACAAAAUAUACUCAAAUGAAAUAUAUGAAACAAAUUUAAUUAUUAUAUCUACAUUGAUAUUCAUUAUAUAUACAUUCAGAGCCUAUGAAAUGAAUUGAGAAUUGAAAGUGCCAUUUUUGGGUUUUAAACGGUACUGGAAUAUUAUAGACUGCUGACAUUCGAAAGUUGUAUCUCAAUGUUGCUCCUAUUGUCGUGCCCAGUGAAGACUCCUUUUUCUCUCUUCUGAGCUUUGAUGUACACCGUGCUUUAGUUUGCAUUGGUACCGAUUUUGAUGCACGCUAUUUCUACACUAAUGGUACAUUUCCUCUGACUUGAUUAUUAAUCUCAUACGACAAAGGAAUUUUAUUAGGAAGUGUGUACGUCGCCAUCAAUAUUGCGAUUUGUUGUUUAAAUAUAUUAUGUUUCCACCGGAGUGGAGAUAAUUAUGGGUCUCUACUGAAUCUAAGCGGAGAGCUGUGGGAAUACAUAACCUAUUGGUUUUGAUUUAACAUUUCUUCGUCCACUUCAAUGACUUAUUUUUUGAAUACCAGUACAUUUGAGAUACCUUUCGAAAUUUAAGAGUUAAAUUUAAGUAGAAUAUUAGGGUGUGUAAACUUUAUAUUUGUUGUGUAUAAUAAUCAUGUCUAUCGCUAAAUAUUGAAUACUCCGUUACGCUGUUGAUGUAUUACUUAGUUGUAUUUUAAUAAACUAUUUAAACUUGA